AUGGCUGCAUUUAUGCAACUUGGUCCUAGGAGGAAGGUGUACCAGCCUCGACGAGACCAGGCAUCACCUUCUUACCAUGCAGAAUUCCGUUUUAUGGAGGAAAAUGUUACAUGGAUGGCAGAGCAUUUUCUGUUUGAAAAUUCUGAAACCAGGGGAGGUGCACUUUCAAACAAACAACGAAUGGAAGUCUUCCUCCGCUAUAUUGGUGACCCUGGAUUUCAGGUUGGAGUGGGCAAGGACAUGGGGAUCCAUCAGUGUACUGUGUCAAGGACGUUUGCUAAUGUUCUGGAGCAGGUGGUUGAGAAAGCCAGCAUCUGGAUACAGUUUCCCACUGAUCCUGAUGACAUUCAAAAGGCAAAAGAUUCAUGGCUGGAAAAAUGCAAUUUUCCUUGCGCAAUAGGAGCCCUAGAUUGCACUCAUAUUCUUAUCCAAAAACCUGGACACCAUGGGGAUGAGUACGUUUGUCGAAAGGGGGUGCCCACACUGAAUGUGCAGGCAACAUGUGAUGCUGGCGAACGAUUCACCAGUGUGUCAGCUGAAUGGCCCGGAUCUGUUCAUGACAGCCGUAUUUGGAAAAAUUCACCAGUGGGCCGCUUCAUGUCAAACUCCAGAUCUGAUGCUUUGUUGUUGGGAGAUGAAGGCUAUGGCAUUGCCCCCUGGCUGAUGACCCCAUUCAAAGAUCCAGCUACUCCAGAGCAAAGAUCCUACAAUAAGGUUCAUAAGAAAGAACGUGUCAUCAUUGAACGUUGCUUUGGACAGGUGAAGAGAAGAUUUCCUAUUCUGCAGGGGCGUGUUCGGGUCCAGCUUGAGAAAAUCCCAAAAGUAAUCUUAGCUUGCUUCAUCCUGCACAACGUGUCCAAGUAUCUUCAGGAUCCAGAAGACUUUCCAGAAUUCAGAGAUUGGGUAAAUGAAGAUGAUGAUGAUGAUGAAAACGAGGAUAACCAAAAUAGGAUUCGCCGAAGGGGACAGGAUAGGCAACGGGAGAUAGCAGCUAUUCUGCAUGACUUACAGGAUUAG